UUACAGACAGUUCCAACCUGGAAAUGUCAGUAAUGUAGGCAUUUUAGCCUUCAAAGAAAAUGCCAUUGUUCAAAUCCUUUCCACUCCAUGACAAAUCCUGGGUCCUGGGAAUAUGAAACAAUUGUGGAACCUGGAAAUCAGACUGUUCAAAGGGAAAUGAGUUGUGUGACUGUAAAUAAACUGUCUGUUUCUGGCUGCCAUGUAAUUGUUACAUUCUUUCCUUUAAUUUGGUGCAUCAGUGGUAUACCAUGAGAACAAGUUUUCAACAGUUUAGAUAACAGACAAACAAAAGCUUUCUUCAAAUAAACUUUUCAAAAGUCCAGGCAUGGUUUAUAAUACAAGUAUUAACUGUUGACACAGAAAUCACAUUGUUGAUACACAGCAGGUCAGCGUCUCUUAAUGAUGGUGUUGUGUCCUAAUGACUUUAAUGGACUCCAGUAUAACUAACAGUGUUUUCACUUGUUGAAUUCUACAAGAGCACUGAACUUCAAUUUUCAUUGUUCUUAGCUGGGGCAAAAAAUUUACUGGUUAAACUGUAUUGCAUAUAUCAGAUAAUAAAUAUCAAUAUGUCAUUUAUUUUGUCUUUUAAGUUUGGUAGAAUUUAUAGCUCACAUAUGUAUUUAGCUAAAGUAUUUUUUUAAACAAAAACUUGUCUCAAUCAGUCACUGUGAGAGUGAUUUCUUAGGAAAUUAAAUGUAAGAAACCAGUUAAAAAUAAAACAGUGGCAAUAACUAAUUAAUUUGAGUUUAGUUUAUUAGCUUCUAAAACAUAAGCAGAAUAAUGUUGCUGUGCUUUUAUGUGUUCAUAUCUCCACACACACAAAACUAUGUAUUUAAACAGUAUAAUUUGUUAGUGAUGAAUCAUGAAGCUUUGCACUUCCAGUCAAGUUCAUGAAUCAGAGCCACAGAUUUAGGUUUUCAACCACACGGCUUAUUAUAAAGUUAUUCAGUGCAGUUGUGCAAACCUGGAGCUUGUUUCAUAAUGAAAAUUCAAGGGAUUUAGACAGUGGAAACAAGCCUGUUCUGGCAGCUUUUUUCUCUCUUCAAACGUCUGUGGAACUAUUCAGUGAUCAAAGCUUGCUGCUGAAUGUUUUUCUUUCCUGUGCUGGCGAAAGUUUGACCAACGUCCCUAAUAGAGACAUUUCAGUAGGUCCUUUCACUCAGUGGUUCACAUUCUUCACAUUCCAGCUAGGUGACACAGAUAUCAUGAUACACAUGCACAAACAAACACACAGAGGUGGACAUGGCUAUCUACUAUGUGAAAACUCACAUUCGAUAGCACUGAUUUUCAAACGAAGCUUUACCAAAGAAUUUGCACUGCCUGUAAAGUCAUUUUAAAUUGGUGAAAGAUCACUAUAAAUGACAAAAUACAAAAAUAAGCAUGCACAAACAAAAUGUGUAAAUGUAAUUUCAUGCAUACUAAACAACCAUUUGGCCCUAAAUCAUGUGGUACAAUUCAUCUUUAGUUACACGAUUAAGAGCUGGUUUUCUUCUGUAGGUCAGCUUUAGCUGUGUGAUUUGGGAGAACUGGAGAAGUGAGCCCCAUUUUCUUUUGCACUGUACAUAUUAUUUAGAAUGUACAUUUUGCAUGAAAUGGCUGAAGUAUUCAGGUGUACAGAUGAUCAGAAAUUUUAAUUGUAAAUUGCAAAGUUAAUUAACUUUGUCUCAAAAGCCUGAAAAAGAAGGUGACAUAGGCUAUUUCAUUAGAAUUUACUCUCAUUUCUCCAGCACUGUAUGGUAAAUGGCUUUGUCAGUUAUUUCUAAAUUUAGUUGUAGACAUGAAGGUCUGAACACAAAAGUACUCAAACUGGAUUAGACUUAGUUUGAAGUAUUGUUUGAAAAUUCAUGUACGUUAUUCAGAAUCUAGCUUAUAUUAUUUUGUGGUGUAUUGUAAAGCGCAUGCCAGCUAGCUAUCAUUGUAUGUAUGGCACUAUAUGAAACUUUAUUUAUUCAUUCAGAACAUUUAACAAAAAAAAAAGAAAGAAAGAAAGAAAAAAAAACUGACCUCCAUGUCCUCUGGACAAAAUAAAAAUAUAAUUUCCAAGAUUCGACAUAAAAGCAUUUAUCUUAUUAAAAUAUUUAGUAAUUGUUGAAAUUAACUUAAUGCUGCCUCAACUGAAUAGUUGCAUAAACAACAAUGUCCACUGUUAAUGCACGAGGACAUAAACUCUCCUUCAUCCCUGCCUGAGCUGAUAGUUUGUCAGUGACCUGCCUCUCUGCUCUAACUUUGGGCAUGGCAGUACAGCUGGAGGCACAUCAGCUGCUGUUGUUGUUUCAUCUACUGUAUCUGUGCUUCUACAUACAGUAUAUAUGUGUGAGGAAGCUGCAUGCAUGGAGCUGAACUGCUCUGCUGUGGACUCGGUGCCCUGGCCGUACAGUGUCCAUGUUGGUGUGGGAGCCUGAGGCCUGCUCCCAUACAUCCCUGCUCUGGCUCUGUUGAUCCUAUUGUCUCCUGCGUCACCACACGUCGCCCGGCAAAUAAAGGCUGUCUGGCUCCAAGCUUAAAUAUUGCAGCAAACUAAAAACCAACCAUCAGAGCCGAUUCAUUCACAUCUGCUCAGUGGGGCGACAAGGACAGGGCUUUAGGUGGGAAAGAGGGCAGAAAAAAGUUCACUUUUCCCUGCCGGGUGCCAAGAGAACGGGACAGGACUCAACUUCACUGGAGCCGCAGCUGUGGCAAGUUGCCCAUUUGAUUACAUUUAACCUAUAUCAUACCUUACAGAAGAGGGGACUGCAUAUUACUCACUGAUCUCUCUUUAUUGGUUUUUAUUUGUGAGUUGUUGUGUGACAUUUUUAGAGCUAGAGCAAGAGAUUUUUUUGGUUUGCACCUCAAUGCUCAUUAUUAAUGCUAGUUAAUAAUGUUUACAUUGAAAACAACCAGCCUGCAGUACAGCUAAAUCAACGUCUUGCUAAACAUUUUAAUCUAUUAUUUAAGAGUUUUUUUAAUCUUCUUGCAGUGGGAACAGAAUGGGCUUUGGAUUUUAGUUUUUUAAAAUGUUCUGAUUCUCCAGGUUUUCUCACAGAAACAUGUGCAAUAGCAUGUAAUCAUGGCUAAAGUUUGAUUUUUUUUCUUUACUUUUUUGAGUUUUCCUCUCCUACAUUUCUUACUUUUGGCACUCUCUAUUCCCCUCCCCCUGUCUGGCCUGCAUACCCCACCCUCCCUGUCCGUCUGCACCCUGCAUGUCCCUCCCUACCCCACCCUUCAUUCCGCAGUGCUACGGACCGAUCAUGGGUGACUGGAGCUUUCUGGGUAAUAUUUUAGAGGAAGUUAACGAGCACUCUACGGUGAUCGGCCGAGUGUGGCUCACAGUGCUCUUUAUCUUCCGUAUCCUCAUCCUGGGCACGGCGGCGGAGUUUGUGUGGGGCGAUGAGCAGUCUGACUAUGUCUGCAACACACAGCAGCCCGGAUGUGAGAAUGUGUGCUACGAUGAGGCCUUCCCCAUCUCCCACAUCCGCCUGUGGGUGCUGCAGAUCAUCUUUGUGUCCACACCUUCUCUGGUGUACGUGGGUCACGCUGUGCACCAUGUCCACAUGGAGGAGAAACGUAAAGAGCGUGAAGAGGCAGAACUUAGCCGGCAGCAGGAGCUGAGCGAGGAGCGUCUCCCUCUGGCACCCGACCAGGGAAGUGUUCGCACCACUAAGGAGACCAGCACAAAAGGAAGCAAGAAGUUCCGGCUGGAGGGCACCCUGCUGAGGACCUACAUCUGCCACAUCAUCUUCAAGACACUGUUUGAGGUGGGUUUCGUGGUGGGCCAGUACUUUCUGUACGGCUUCCGUAUCCUGCCACUGUACAAAUGCAGCCGCUGGCCCUGCCCCAACACGGUGGACUGCUUUGUGUCCAGACCCACGGAGAAGACUGUCUUCAUCAUCUUCAUGUUGGCUGUGGCCUGUGUCUCACUCUUCCUCAACUUUGUGGAGAUCAGUCACCUGGGCCUUAAGAAGAUUCGCUUUGUCUUUCGUAAGCCAGCCCCGGCCCCAGCCCAAGGUGAGGGGCCAGCCCCCCUGCCACUACAAGGGAAGAGCCUGCCUCCUCUGGCUGUGCCCUCCCUGCAGAGGGUGAAAGGUUACAGGCUGCUGGAGGAGGAGAAAGCUCCCCCCAUAACUCACCUCUACCCACUGGCUGAGGUGGGCAUGGAGGCUGGCAGAGGGGCUCCACCCUUCCAGGGGCUGGAGGAGAAGUUGGAGGAGGUGCUGCCUAUGGAGGGCAUCUCUAAGGUGUAUGACGAGACUCUGCCCUCCUACGCCCAGACCACUGAGACAGGGGGGGUGACAUUACACGAGGAGGAGGUAGAGGAGGUGCAGCCGCCAGAGGCGGAGGUGGAGGCAGUGGCAGUGGCAGUGCCAGAGCCAGAGCCAGAGCCAGAGAGGGUGGAGGAGGCUGUGGAUGAGGAUGUGGAGGUAGAGGAGGUGGUGAACAGGGAGGCGGUAACUCCAGCUGAGGCAGGGAUGGAGGCCACGGAUACGAUAGAAGACACCAGACCACUGAGCCGACUGAGCAAAGCCAGCAGCAGGGCCAGGUCAGACGAUCUCACAGUAUGAACCUGUGAGAGAGAGCACAUGCACGCCUGCACACACAAAAUGUUCAACAUAAGAGAGAGCACACACACACACCUAACUCAAUGACAACGCAUACUCUUGAACAGGCAGGUCAAAACACUAAGUGGAUAAAAAAACAAAAUCAACAGGGAUAGAUUAAAACUGUUAAACCUUUAAUUCUACCAAAUGACAAAAAAUCUGAGUGUUUGUGAUAAAAAAUAAAUAUCAUAAAAAGUAGAGGUCAAAGAGGGGAGGUGUAGGUUUUUUAUUAAGCGUGUUCUUAUAUUUAAAAAUGUGGAAAGGACACAUGCAGGGGGGAAAUGUUUUUACUUGAUGAAAAUCCAUGUUCAAUUUUUAGAAACAUCUUUUUCUAUUGAAAGAGUUUUAAUCAUAUACAAUGGAGGAUUAAACAUUUUUACAUGGGGUUUGGGUAGAUAGGGAAAAGAGAGUUAAAAUAUACUCGUGUGUCUGCAAAUCAGUAAUUUCGCUGUAGUUAGGCACUGACUUUCAUUCCCAUUCAGACAGUGGCAUACUGCAAAAGCAGCAUAUGGCCACAAAAGUUGCAGGUGAGAGGGCUCUCGUAUAGACAAAUCACACAAUGAAGUGCUGGUACAGCUCUAUGAGAAGAAGAAGAAAAGUCCAUUUUCAGGUUAAGAAGAGCAUACCUUUCUUUCUUUCUUUCUUUCUUUCUUUUUUUUUUUUGCACAUUCAGAGGUUUACUCUGUGUAAGGCCUUUAACCCUCAUAACACCUCAUCUAUGCAUCCAUUUACACAGGAUUCUUUCAAGUGAAGAGAGAUGUGCAUGAAUUUCAGAGCAUUUCUCUCCUUUUCAUGUUUAUAUACCAGGUAGCACAGCCAGAGCUGAGUUAGUGAAGGAAAAACAAAAACAAAACAACACAAACAAACAAAAAAAGACCACAUGUUGAAUGUCUUUUUCAAUGUGAAUCUCUGCAUUUUAGAUUUGCUUAUGUUUUGUAGCUUUUAAGUAGAACUCUGUACUGUGAUAUCAGUUGUCCAUGGGAGCGAGAACAGGGCUCAUUUUGCCCUAUCAGAGAAUGAACUAUAGUAGCGACCUCAGGCCAAAUCCUCUCUUUUCGUGCUGUACAAACAGGCGUCCGGGCGAUAAAGAUCAUGCACCAUCAGCACAAAGUAUUGUUGGAGGCGAGACAAUAAAAGAAACUGCACUCAUCAAUGAAAACAAGCAUCCUUGACCUGGCUGUGAAAAAAUCGUUCUACUUGAUUUUAUGCGACCAUAUUAGGUCCUCAACCCGCAAGAAAAACACAAUAGUUGUGACAUGCUUUCAAAUUCAGAGAGAAACAAACAACUAGGGGCAACUCCCCCUGUACAUAAUGCCCUAUCUCAUGUCUAAUAAUGUACAUAAUGUGCAGAACAGCUGUUUUUAGUUAUUUCACUGUCUAGAGGAAUCACCCAAGGUCUAAUUGUGAUUACAAGACUGGUUUAAUCUCACAAACCCAAUAAAGACAGAAAAUGCCCAUGCUGUGGUAUUGUGCAUCUAUCUGAGUAAAGAAGAUGAAUUUCUUUGCAAAUCAUUAGCAAGUAUUUUAAUACAAAGUGCAUUAAGCCUUAAAGUAUGCCUUAGGUUUAUCACGAAUCUGCCUCUCAUAUUCUCUGGCUUUGUUUAUUCAAACAGCUGUCACUGUAUGAUUUCCUGUGCCUUAUCCGUAAAUCUAUGUUCUCAAAUGUUGUAAGAUUGUAGCAAGUGCUUAUAUCGCUCUGGGACCUAUGUGAACUUGAUGUUUUAUUUGCUUUUUUUUUUUUUUUUAAAUCCGAGUUUCGUUUCUGUACGCAGCCCCUUAGCACGCACACACACACACACCCUUCCACCCACCCACGCACAUAGACACGUCUCUAUUUGCAGCUUAACAUGUAUUAACAUGAAAAUUUAAUGAUGUUAAGAAGACAUUAGUGCAUAAAGUUGCAUUUUUGCAGGCAUGAACACACACAUACGGUGCAAGCUUAUCCUCAUAAACACACACACACACACACACACACACACACACACACAACACAGUGUUGGUCUUGGGGGUAUGAUCAAACGGCUAUAGAGAAACUCUGAAAGAGAAGGCAGCUUUGACCCAUUUGUGACCCCCAGCCAUCCCUUUGCCUCCCAUAAUCUAAUGCUGUGGAAUAUGAAUUAAAGAGCGCCUUCAAUGAAUCACCAAAGUUUUGAAUACUUUAACAUUUAACAGUGUCUCAAUCAAAGCAUGAUACUGGUCCUUGUGUACAUCGAUAUGACUGGUAACGUAUGACUUUUUGUAUUUUAAGAAUGUUGCAUCGCCUGUAUGUUUGUAAGAAGACAAGAUUAAUCUUUGGAAAGAAAAAAAAUCGUUUUUACUAACUUGUAGUCUUCUUUGCUGAUAGAUGUGUGGCAGUAUCUUCUUUUGGAAUGUGAACCAACGCAAUAAAAAGUCACACGUGGUCUAGAAGUCUUGUGUCAGUGUUUCUCUGCAAGACACGCACCCAGAAAUACACACACAACUAAACACCACAAAUGUACAAACAGACACACACCCAUUCACAAACAAGCUAUGGCACUGAACUCAACUCAGGGUAAAAAAAAUUAAAAAGCUGGUAAAGGUUGGACUAAUUUUAACUUCUUUAUAUAUGCUGGGUAGUUUGUGAGUCUUAUUUAAACUGUUAUAAUACAUCAUAAUUUAUUUGAUUAUUAUAUUUUCCAUUAUUAUUCUGGAUCUGCAAAGUAACUAUUGACUUCAGUUAAUUUAGUGGAGUAAUGCGCCUAAUUACUCAUCACUACUGAUUCUUGAUCAGUUAGAUUUUAUAUCUCCAGAAAUGUCUGUCAAAGGUCUAAGACACAGGAAACAGGAAACCUCAGUCAUAUCUGUGGGCAAUAAAUGUGCAUAUUACCCAAUAUGUGAUUGUUGGACUGAGGGAGGCAACAUCAACACGCACGGGUGUGUACUCAGUUUCAUGAAAUAUGUUUGGUAACAACAGGAUGUGUAGAAAACAUAGGGAACAUUCAAGUAUUAAAUCUCCACUAAGGGGCAGUAUUGUAAAAGGUAUUUUUUAUUCCUGCACCACAUGGCUUUUCUGUCUUUGUUUAGAGACAUGUUUAAGAUUAAACAGUGCAGAACACAGGGACAAAGUUUGUAUCGAUUUGAGAAGCUGGAUCAAUGUGGUAUUAUAUUAUAUUAUAUUAUAUUAUAUGUAAUUCUGAGAUUCAGCAUUCAUAAUAACAUUUUUUUCUUUUUUCUUUUAGCCAAGAAAGAAUGCCUAAACCCUCAAAGGUAAGAGUCAUUGGUCUAAAAAGCCAAAUUUAGACCAUAACAUCAUGGUUGGGAAAGCCCCAGAUGAAGCAGACCAACCUGUCUGAGGAUGAUGGGGUUUUGGAACUAUGAUGCAUUAGGAUUUGUGCUAAAACACCUAAUGGGUGGGGGUGGGGGAUUAUGUGUUGCCAUAGCAGUACUGGGCUGUCAGCUACAACUAUGCACCAAGACAGACAGACAAUGGAACCACUGUACAGUCUACCAGAUAAUGCUGCCUUUGUCUACAUGCAAAGAUGCACUCAUAUUUCAUUUUCAUUCCAUAAGGGCGGAUGUGACAUAUCUCAAAUUCAAAUGCAAAUCAAACCAAGCAUUUUCAUUUUCGAGGAACACAGAGUCAUUGCAAAGAAGAUACAAGGUCCAUUCUAUUUUCCAUCAUAGGAUAUUUUUGUACAUUUUCAAACAUGAAAAAGAAAAUGACAACAGUUAAUGUGAUCUGAGGCCUCUCGCGCUCUUGAGGUCAUAUGAACAGUGUCAGACAAAAAUCUCUGCAACAAAUGUAUUCAGCAAAGAUCUUCAGUAAAGGCUCACAACCGGUUCUGCAACUUUUAAGAGAUGGUAACCUCUCUUGUGCAGCCACAGGACACCAAAGUACAUCUAAAUAUUCACUUCCUGUGUGGAAACAGUUUCUGCUGUGGGUGUGGGGGGCCUGACCAGUUUGAACUUGAAUACACUGUCAUAAACAGAGAUGUAAGAUACUACUAUUACUCUUAAAUAUAUCUAUAUUUUUGUCAGUUGUUAGCCUAGUAACAUUAAAUUAAAGCUGUGGUUUACAGUUAAGGAACUUAGAACGAGAAAACGAGACAAACAGCACAGAUACUCACCACCGGUAAGUAGGUGCAAUGGAAUAUCUCUCUAGAUAUUUGAGCACCAACAAGGCAACAUCUCUGAUAUGUUGUGUGUUCUGGAUUUUCUCACCGGCAGAAGGGGACAUCAUCUCAGAGGUGGCUGGCAGCAGUGUGAGCAUGCACUGUAACAACAAUUCAAUCAACACACUCCAACAGCUGACAUGGAGACUAAAUGGAGUUACUCUGAUCAGCUUUAAACCACCAACUGAAACAUACGUCAAUGAAAAAGCUAACAGCCUUAACAUAAACAUGUCUAAGUCAGAGAGCCAACUGUACGCACUGAUCAUAGAGAGUCUCCAGGAGUCUCAUAUAGGAAACUACACCUGCGACACAGCUACGGAAACUGGAACAUGGAAACAGACCUGGGAGCUGAUUGUAAUUACAGAGCACAAAGAGACUGAAAACUGGAAUAAGCUGAUGAUUAUUGUGUCAGUUAUUGUUCCUUGCACAUGUUGCCUGAUCUUUAUAUUUGCUUUGACCAUUCUGCGAAGAGUUUACAAUCGGCGUGCGAGAAACAGCAGUCAGGCUCCCACUGCAGAAAUGGAGGAAACAGAGGAUAUUUAUGAGAAUUGCCUGGAAACUAAUCGUAGUCGACAGCACAGACAUUGUCAGCCUCAUCACUACAAGCCCAGAGCUUUUUGAUAUUACGUGCAAUCCAGAAAUCCAGAAAGGGAAGGAGACUGCAAAAAGGACGGGGGGGGCUGGAGGUACAUGGCAAAUGAGCACUGCAACUACAACCAAAGAAAACCUUACUUAUAUUAUGAAAACUUUUAAUCUCUGCUUUCUUAAGACAUAUACUAUAUGUAAUGAAGAGCAUAAUCAUUGCUUAAAAGCUGCAUCACCUAAUAAAGUUGUUAUGGUAAAUGUGUUAGCAGUUUCCUAUUCAAACAUUUUUUACUGAGCUGAGAUGACCUGUAGAAUCAGGUGAUAGUUCCCUGUGGAUUUUUUUAAAUAAAACUCUUUGGAAUGUGGAA